AUGGCGAGGUUCGAAACAUACGAAUAUCGCCUUUUGGGCUCUGAAUCCCACGAGAUCACCAGCCCAUGGAAAGAGGCGUCCAACAGAAUGCAAGAGAUCCAUGAUUGGGAGGCUCAAAUGAAUUACAGUGAUUCUGAUGAUACGGUUUCGGAAUGGUCAGAGUCACAAGAGAAUGAGGACUGUUGGGAGAAUAGUGUGAAUGAGGAGUUCUUUGGAAUAGAGAAGGAGAACGCUCGAGAGUGCCAAAGAUUGGCACGCGAGCUUCUCAGGGAGGCACAGGAGAAGUUGGAAAUGAUAGCAGAAGAACUAAGGGUUCAUAAGAAGGGAACGAAAUAA